AUGUCGGCGCCCACUAGAGAAGUUAGUCGAACUCUUAAAGAUGCACUUUUUGAGACAUUAUCAUCUAUUUUGUCUCCUGUACAUGAUUUAAGAAUAAGUGCAGAACAACAGAUAAAUAUUCUUGAAGUAACAGAUGAAUUUUCCAUACAUUUAACAGAGCUGAUGCUUGAUUCACAAGCCCCACUUGCUAUUCGACAACUUGCAUCUGUAUUAUUAAAGCAAUAUGUGGAAGCUCAUUGGUCCAGCAAUUCUGAAAAGUUCAGGCCUCCCGAGACCACUCCCGAAGCUAAAACUGCUGUUAGAAAGAUGCUACCUAUGGGAUUGCAUGAAUCAAUUAGUAAACUGAGAUCCAGUGUUGCUUAUGCAAUUUCUGCUAUUGCUCAAUGGGAUUGGCCUGAAGAAUGGCCAGAACUUUUCAAUAUACUGGUUGAGAGUUUGGUUAGUGAAAAUAGUUUUGCUGUUCAUGGUGCUAUGAGAGUUUUGAAAGAGAUAUCUCAUGAUGUUUCAGAUGCACAGAUGCCUCAGUUUGCACCUGUCAUUCUUCCUGAAAUGUUGAAAAUUUUUCUACAAGAUCAAAAAUAUGGAAUUAGAACUAGAGGCAGAGCAGUGGAAAUUUUUGCUACAUGUGCUGAAAUGAUAGCUGCAAUGGCACAAUAUAGUAAGGGUGUCCCAAAACUCCUUUUAUUUCCAGUUUUGACUCCGUUUACCGAAGCCUUAGUCAGUGCCUUAAGAACAGCUGAUGGAAUGACAUCUGAUAGUGGCUUGAAAAAGGAUAUUUUAAACGCACUAAAAAUUCUUGUGAAAUAUUUUCCUAAACAAAUGUCCCAGUGGCUGCCACAUAUCCUAACUCCAGUUUGGAAUUCACUGACAGCGAGUGCAACUUUAUAUGUCCAAACUGUUGUUAAUGACUCGGAAGAAGCAGAUAACCCUGUUGAUUCUGAUGGUGAAGUUCUUGGCUUUGAAAACUUGGUGUUUAGUAUUUUUGAUUUCAUCAAUGCCUUAGUAGAGUCUUCCAAAUACCGAAGCCACCUCAAGGAUGGAAUGACUGAACUUGUGUAUUACAUUCUUCUCUACAUGCAAAUAACAGAGGAGCAAAUUAAAAUUUGGACUUCUAAUCCAUGCCAAUUUGUUGAAGAUGAAGAUGAUGAAACAUUUGCAUAUUCAGUCAGAAUAUCAGCCCAAGAUUUACUUAUGUGCUUGGGUCAAGAGUUUGAAGAUGAAACUUCCAGUAGUUUAUGUAAUGCAGUUACUCGACACAUACAAGAGGCUAACAAGACAACGAAUUCACAGUGGUGGAAAAUGCAUGAAUCAUGCAUGCUUGCUCUUGGUUGCAUAAAAGACCUCAUUAUUACUGGAUUGAAAGAAAAGAACUUGCAGUUUGACAUUGUUGGUUUUGUGCAGUCUGUUGUUUUUGAAGAUUUAAAUACAACAGUUUCACCAUUUUUGUAUGGGCGAUGUGUAUGGUUUGCUAGCAGAUUUGGGAGUAUAAUGGAUGAGGACUCUAAAAGAAGGUUUCUUCAAGCUACUGUCAAUGGUUUGGCACAGUCACAGCCUCCAACUGUACGAAUAUCUGCUGCAAGAGCAGUGUGGGGGUUUUGUGAUCACCUCAAAGCCAAGAAGCAAGAACAUGUCAUUAUGCCUUAUUUACCUCAACUUUUGGAAGGUCUCCUAUCUCUAGCCAUUCAGUUUUCUUCCGAAGUCUUAUCGUUAGCAUUAGAAGCAAUCGCUAUAGUUAUUACUAUUGAUCCAAAUUUCACUGCACAAAUGGAAAGUAAAAUAUCAUCUGUUGCAAUUGCUGUGUUUUUGAAACAUAACAGUGAUCCAAUGCUUGUAACUAUCGCACAAGAAAUUUUUAAAGAACUUUCUAAAAUUCCUGCUGCAAUUGGACCCUUGCAACAAAGAUUAAUUCCAACUUUAGUUUCCAUAUUACAAAGCCAACCUUUAAAAGUGCCUCUAGGAUUACAAGCAGUUGCCAUAGAUGUUUUGCAAACAAUAGUGCGAAGUAGUUCUCCACCACUAUCAGAUUCAAUAAUGAAUCAAGCAUUUCCUGCGUGCCUUCAAUGCAUAAUGCAUGCAGAUGAUAAUAGCAUUCUUCAAAAUGGAGGGGAAUGUUUGCGAGCAUUUGUGGCUGUUGCACUGGAGCAAAUAUCUGCUUGGCAUGAUGAAUCAGGUCUUACUGGGCUGGAUUAUAUUGUGAAUAUUGUGCAACGGUUAUUGGAUCCGAAAACACCAGAAUCGGCAUCUGCUUUUGUUGGAAGAUUGAUUUCGCUGCUCAUUACCAAAGCCAAUGCAAUAAUGGGUGAAAAAGGAGAACUUCUUUUGCGAGCCGUGCUCAGCAAAAUGCAACAAGUAGAAGCACUUAGUGUGAAUCAGAGCUUGACAAUGGUGUUUGCUCACUUGGUGUGCCAUCAAAUCGAACCUGUGCUUGAUUUCCUGAGUGGUGUUCCUGGACCCACAGGCCAGUCAGCAUUACAGUUUGUCCUAAACGUUUGGUGCCAGUGUCAUCCAUUAUUCUAUGGAGCUUUUGAAAGGAAAGUGAGUACAUACGCACUUUCUGUGAUAUUGCAAUACGGGUUGAAAAGCAAUGAUCAAAGAUUACAAAGCAUUCAAGUAAAAGGAGAUCAAAUAUUUAAUCACAAUGAAGGGCCAAAAACUCGUUCAAAAUCUGCACUAAAUCCUGAUCAGUGGGUAAACAUUCCAGUAUUUGUGAAAAUAUAUAAACUCCUCCUACAAGAACUAUCAAAUAUAUGUGAGCAAGGAAUGGAGAACUUGGAUGAUGAAUCUUCAGAUGAUGAUGAAGGCUGUUAUGAACAUAGCUUAGAUACUGAUAAUGCAUUAAACCUAGCAUUUGGAGCAGAUUUUUCAGACUAUGUAGAUGAUGAGUUGGAAGAAGACCCUGAUAUUAGCCAUGAUCCCAUUUACAGUUUAAACCUCAAAGCAUAUCUUACUGAAUAUUUGCAGCAGUUGAUGCAGCUUCCUUACUACAACAGCUUCCUAGAACAUUUAACUACUAACGAAAAACAUAUGCUUCGUGAUCUUGGACUAGUGAAUGUGUAGCUAUUAUGGUAUAACUUAUCAAAGAGAUUUGUACAUGCCUAGAGAUAUCGUCAGCAAUUUUAAAAUUAUAUUUUUACAGAACUGAUGAAUUGUUAUUCUGUUACGAUGAGAGCUUUUGCACCUCCUCUGUGUUAUUGUAAUUAGUUCUAUUUUGUAUUUCUCUCUCACAAAUGUUCAUUGCACUUUUUCAUCCUAUAUUUGUAAAAUAAAAAUGUAUAAAAUUGUUGUUGGA